AUGAUUCAAUCACUAUCAAAGAACAUUCAAAAACUUGUUUAGAACAAGUAACUUGUAUCUGCCAUUUAAAGAAACUAUCAUGAAAAAGUUAUUGAUCACUUUGAAAAGCCAAGAAAUGUUGGUUCUUUAAAUACUAAAGCUAAAAAUGUUGGCACUGGCUUAGUCGGAGCUCCUGCCUGCGGUGAUGUUAUGAAACUCUAAAUUGAAGUUGAUGAAGAUGGAAAGACCAUCUAAAAGGCUGUUUUUAAAACUUUUGGUUGUGGCUCUGCUAUUGCAAGUAGCUCUUAUGCAACUGAAAUACUUCAUGGAAUGAGUCUUGAUGAUGCCGCUUAGAUUAAAAAUUCAGAUAUUGCUUCCUACUUGAAGCUACCUCCAGUUAAAUUGCAUUGCUCAAUGUUAGCUGAAGAUGCUAUUAAGAAGGCUGUAGAAGAUUACAAAUCCAAGUAAAAUACUGAGACUCCAAACAAUUGA